AUGUACAGUGACAAUGCUACCAAUUUUGCUGGAUCAAGCUCGGAGCUCCACGAGCUUUACAGUCUUCUGCACCAACAGCUGACCAACGAUGCAAUCCAAGGAUUUUGCCUACCCAAGGAAAUAAGCUGGCAUUUCAUCCCCCCUCGCUCACCACACGUGGGUGGAUUAUGGGAAGCCGGUGUCAAGUCGGCUAAGUAUCUGAUCAAGCGCACUGCAGGAGAUACGAAGCUGACUGAGGAAGAAUGGAGCACGCUUCUGACGCAGAUUGAAGGCAUUUUGAAUUCGCGGCCGUUAGUCCCUCAGACCGCGGAUCCAGACGACUACAGCGUUAUUACACCCGGUCAUCUGCUGAUCGGUCGUCCCAUAACUGCGAUUCCCGAACCAGCCUACGACCAAAUCAAGCAUGGAACCUUCUCUAGAUGGCAACACAUUCAGAAGAUGCGCGCCGACUUCUGGAAGCGAUGGUCGGUAAACUAUUUGUCUGAGUUGCAAGAACGUCGAAAGUGGUCCAAGCAGCACACCGUGAUCAAGGUUGGAGAUUUGGUGCUGCUCAAAGAGGAUAACGUUCCUCCACUACAAUGGCGACUUGGAAGAAUAGUGGAUACCCACCCAGGACAGGAUGCAGUAACCCGAGUAGUGACGGUGAAGACAACAUCAGGGGUUUUCAAACGAUCGACGGCUAAGGUUGCCGUACUGCCGUUGGACGACGAUGAGGAUAAGACGGAAGCUGAUUGA